AUGGCAUGGGGAACGGAGAAUUCCGAAGCAGCAGCAGCGGUGGUAGUUUCUCCGCAAAGCCAGUUUACCAGGCACGUUCACUCUGCAAAUGGACAAGGGGCUCAGGGCACCGUGCUGCAGGCUGUUCCUGAGGCCUCGAAUUCGUCUUGGGAAUCCGGAGGCGCAUCUGGCCUUCGACUAGUUGUGGGCCCUCCCUCCUUUCUGCUCAAAGGACCAAUCGCGCUCAAACUCGCCCUCUCACCAUCGACCCAGCAGGUUGAGUGGACGUGGUUUCGCAGUAGUUUUACAACCAUACCCCCUCAGCUCCAAAUCGCUCUCAUAGGCCCUGGCGUCGCUGUUCCCCUUGCAAACUUCACCGCAACAGAUGUCAACCUCACCGUAUCUGGUGGGAAUUUCACAACAAGCCCUGAAGGAAACUUCACCUUCACUCCUCAAAACGCCUCACUUUUGUUUGGGCGAGUUACGGGGAAAUAUUUCGGAGAAGAUGUGGACCUGACUAAUGUCAACGUGGACAUCCCCAGCAAUCAAAUCACGGAUGUCGCUGGUCAGAUUUCUGGAACUGUACAACACGUCCCUUCUGCUGAUGGCGGACUCAGACCCUAUUGUCCGAAUUAG